CGUUAAAGUUACUAGUUAAGUUACGCUUAACUAAUUGACGCUAUCCUGUUUAUGGGACAGUGUGACUCCCAUCAUACCGGGCUACUGGUCGUACCUGACAGGGAUUAUUACCACCGGCCCCCCACCAUAAAUGCUCCUCGUUACUUCUUUAACUUUCUAAACUUACAACUUCUUAACACCGACCACGAAUUCUGAAUACCGUCAUCAUCACUUAGUCAUAAAAAUGGAUGUGCCCCUAGAGCUUACGUCGAAGGCGCAGCUCAGUGAAUUGCUGGCGGACUCGCGUAUUGUGGUGGCAGAUUUCUACGCAACAUGGUGUGCACCAUGCAACCAGAUGGCGCCUUUCUACGCAAAGUUCUCUCAAAAAAACUCGCGUCCUCAAGUUGCCACAUUUGUGAAGGUAAACGUCGAGAGUGACGCAGGUAAACUCGUCGCGAGCGAAUAUGCCGUCACAGCUCUUCCUACCCUCAUCGUCUUCGAAAACGGCUCUGUUGUUGAAAAAAUUAAGGGGGGCGAUCUACAGCGGCUGAAAGUGGUCUUUCAGAAGUUAACCGAUGGUAUCCAGAAUGCGAAUUCUUCGGCAGGAGGUAGCAAUUCUGGCGGCAUCUCCUGGAAGGGAGCCGAUCUCCCUCGAGGCUACGUUGAUGUGUCGGACUCCAUCGACUUACGCGGACUGGAACUCUUGAAUGCCGACGAAUCUCACUUUCCCGUUCGAAACCUCUUCGAAAAGAACAGGCCUUCAGCGUUAUCAAAGGAGACAGUUACAAGUGAUAAAAAGGACUGGGUGGAGAGUGAUACUGAUGAGCAACUGCUACUCUUCACGCCUUUCAACUCAGCGAUCAAGCUCCACACUAUACAGAUCACUUCUCUGCCUCCCAAAGACGAUGAAGAUGACGAUGAAGUACCGAUGAGACCAAAGACACUUAAAAUCUUCACGAACCGACCGCAUAACCUAGGUUUUGACGAGGCUGAGGACAUUGACUCGACCCAGACGAUCGAGAUCGGCGAGAACGACUGGAACGACAAAGGUACCGCAAGCUUAGGUCUGCGAUUUGUCCGAUUCCAGAAUGUCACAAGCCUUGUCAUUUUUGUUGUAGAUGGCGACGGUGACGGCGAAAAGGUUCGAAUAGACCGAAUAAGAUUUAUUGGCGAGCCUGGCGAGAGAAGAGAAAUGGGUAAGCUUGAGAAGGUUGACGACGACGCUGAUUGAGCAUAACUUUGUUGGGAAGAGAAAAUCGGAUGCAUACAGGCAAGCGUCAUUCACGGUUAUGAUCGCGGACGAGGACAACGAAUGGAAUGCGGUUAUAGAAUGGGGAUGCCCUGGGAUCGCAUCUAUGUUCUAUAUAGAUGAUAUCAAUUGAUGGUCGCAAUGAUUUAAGUAGUGAGCAUGAUUCUAUUGUCAACAAUUACAAUAAUUGCAGACUAUACAGACAGCUGUCAGGUAGGCAAUGCGUAGCAUGCAUGC